AUUCGUCAACUCUAAAACCAUAGAAAGAAAAAAAAAAACAUAAACCAUAUAGCCAAGCAAAAACAGGGAGGACCUUUGUCACAUUGCAAAAAUGGCCUCAAUCACCAUGACAUCCUCCUUGCUUGGUGGGUCUACCCUUGCCAACCGUUCUCCAGUAGCCGCCACCAGCCAGAGACUUGUCAUCACAAAUGCUGCAAGGGGAGCUGAAGGGGAAAAGGUGAAGGUGGUCAAUUGUGACACAAAGAAAGAGAGCAACAAUGGAAGGAGAGACUUGGUGUUUGCUGCUGCAGCAGCUGCUGUUUGCUCCGUUGCCGGGAUUGCAGUGGCGGUAGAGCCAAAACGAGGGACUCCAGAGGCUAGGAAAAGCUAUGCCCCGGUGUGUGUUACCAUGCCAACUGCUAGGAUCUGUCGCAAGUGAGCAGGGUCUGUGGUUUGUUGUGGUUUUUUAAUCAAUCUGGUUUUAGUCAAGUGAUGGUGUAAUUUAUGCAUGAUUGUAAUAUUGUUUUGGGAAAUACUUUGUUCCAUUGCCUUAAUUGUUCAAAUUUAGAUUUAAGCAUCA